AAAGGGUGAGUCCCUCCUUCACCAGAUCAGGCUUUUCUCUCCGAGCCUAACGCAUCUCUGGAAAAAAGUUUUUUUUAUAUAAAUCAGACGAAAAUCUAAUUUCUUUUGAUUUUUUACUUUAUUCAAAGUGUCUUUUGUGAUGACUUCACUUCAAGUGUUUCAGCUCGUGUUUUGAAUCAGAUCCUGUCUAAUAGGCCUAUCCAUUCAUUUUUCAAUUCAUUCUCACUCAGCCUAAAUACACUUAAGGAUCCGUUUGAGUAAAAGAAGGAAUCGUCCGGACAUUUGCUGUUUCUUCUUUUCUUUUUGUACUUACUGAAAGGAUUUUACAGGCAUCCUGCCACAUCUUUACAAGCAUGAAACAGCCCACUGAGAUGAGCCAUCUUAACAUCUCUCCCGAAGAAGACACCAGCAGCUCCAACAGCAACGAGUACACCAUAUACCCGGACUGUCCUAGGAAGGUCCCACUGGACGGCCAAUUCUCUGACAUGGAUGGAGAGAGUCAAAACUUCCUCCCCGAACACAACCUGGGCAAGAAGAAGUAUGAGACUGAAUAUCACCAGGGCAAUGCUUCCUUUGGCAUGUCCGUCUUCAACCUGGGCAACGCCAUCAUGGGCAGCGGCAUCCUGGGUCUGUCCUACGCCAUGGCCAACACUGGCAUCGCCCUAUUUGUGAUUCUCCUCAUGGCCGUUGCCAUCUUCUCCUUGUAUUCUGUCCACUUGCUGCUGAAGACGGCCAACGAAGGAGGUGCACUGGUGUACGAGCAGCUGGGUUACAAAGCCUUCGGGAUGCCGGGGAAACUCGCCGCUUCCAUCUCCAUCACCAUGCAGAACAUCGGAGCCAUGUCAAGCUACCUCUACAUCGUCAAAUACGAGCUGCCCAUCGUCAUUGAAUCCUUUAUGGGAGUCAGCACUGGAGCGUGGUACACUAAUGGUGACUACCUGGUGCUGCUGGUGACCCUUGUUAUUAUCCUGCCCCUGUCACUGCUCAGGAACUUGGGUUACCUUGGUUACACCAGUGGUCUGUCCCUGCUCUGUAUGGUGUUCUUUCUGAUUGUGGUGAUCAUCAAGAAGUUCCAGAUCCCGUGCCCUCUCCCUGUGGACGUCAGCGCUCUGAACGAAACAUUAAGUACAGUGCUGAACACCACCUUGUCCCACCUGAACACCACCGCCGUGGACUACAGCGAGGACGCUUGCACGCCAAAAUACUUUGUCUUCAACUCCCAGACUGUCUACGCCGUUCCUAUCCUAUCCUUCGCCUUUGUGUGCCACCCUGCCAUCCUGCCCAUGUACGAGGAGCUUAAAGACCGUUCCCGCAGAAAGAUGCAGGGCGUUGCCAAUGUGUCCUUCCUGGCCAUGUUCAUCAUGUACCUGCUGGCCGCCCUCUUCGGAUAUCUGACAUUCAACGUGAACGUGGAGCCUGAGCUGCUGCACACCUACUCCAAAAUCUACAAGGCUGAUGUGGUCCUGCUGAUCGUCCGUCUGGCUGUGCUGACCGCUGUCACCCUCACCGUCCCCGUGGUGCUCUUCCCUAUUCGUACCUCCGUCAACCACCUCCUGUGCGCCUCUAAGGAAUUCAGCUGGAUCCGCCACACCAUCAUCACUGUUGUCCUGCUGGCCGGCACCAACGCCCUGGUCAUCUUUGUCCCCACCAUCAGGGACAUUUUUGGCUUCAUCGGUGCCUCUGCUGCUGCCAUGCUCAUCUUCAUCCUGCCCUCAGCUUUCUACAUCAAACUGGUCAAGAAGGAGUCCAUGAAGUCCGUGCAAAAGAUUGGGGCCACCGCCUUCCUGCUGUGCGGUUUCGUGGUCAUGAUCGGCAGCAUGAGCCUCAUCAUGCUGGACUGGAUCCACAAUGCUUCAUCCAGCCCAGACGCACACGGCAACGGACACUAAAAGGUCCGCCUCUUCUGCUGUGGCCUGCCGAGGACAGAGAAGGCUUUCAGCGCUGGACUGCUACAGCCGCGCAAACCAACAAAGAUCAACACCUAUUGUAAAAGAAAAGAAAAAAAACCACAAGAACUCACUUAAUGCUCGGCUUUGACUUCCUGAGCGACGACCCAUGCCAUUCCAAGAGAAUGUAUCGAACUUUGUACAGUAUGCUGUUCUAGGCCACAACAAUGGUGUUUUACUCGUUUUCUCUUUUUAUUGUAACUUUUUUUCAUUGUCGUUUCAUGCUCGUUUUUAUUUUGUGAUGGUCUUUUGUAGUUAUGGUACAGCUGAAAACAAAUAUUUGAAGGUGCCUCAAAUCAGAGAUGACAGCUGAGAGUUCAAAGUGCAGCUCACACUCAGGUGCGGUGUCAUGUGUGGCUGUGACCUCAGAGCUCUGCAACAACUAAUCCUGCUGAAAAACGUAUGUGAAUCUCCCCGAAGACUGACAAGAGACAACCAACUUGAAAGUUCAUCCUCCUCAAAGACAAUUAAGUUCCUUCCAACAUUUGUUGUUUUUGUUGUUUUUUCCAUUUUUCCUUUGCCAAAAUUGUAUUUGUAAAGCAUCUCAGUAUAUCGAAAAGCACUUACUGUUCAGCACAAUUGUGGAGAAGAAAAAAAACAAGGUGUCAGUUUCCACAGGCGAGGCCUACUACACCGCCUUUUCAGUAUUCGUACCUAAGGCUUUGUGACCUUGCUUAUAGUGUCAGCUUUCCUUGUAAAACCCAAUAUAAGUCAACAGAACCUGCCUUUUCAAACCCCAACACUGGGAGCUGCAGAGUAGCUCACAAGAGGAUGCUCACAAAACUGUAUUUACUCUUUAUAACCUGCUGAAGAUCUUUUUGGAACAGUGCGUGCAGCGAUGACACUACUGCUUUGAGAACAGUCUCCAGUUCAAACUUAAAAUGUUUUUCUUUAUGGGAGAAUACUUUGAAUUUGACCACAUGCAGUGGUUCUAAUAUACCUGUUAAACUUGCAAAAAAAAACAACCUAAAACGGUCGCCCAGUUUUCUGCUUUCAAAAUGUUUCACAAUGAAGAACUUGACAGCUCGAUGCGGACUUGUUUCCCCAUUGAGUCGUAAACCUGUCAUCUGACAGUGCACUGUGCUUCCAACACUAACUUAACACGUCACCAUACUGUUAUUGUCCAACAUCUAUUUAUGGAAGACCGUUAAAUCAAUGUAAUUUAAUCUAUUUUACUAUAUUUAUAUAAUAUUGUAUGUAUAUAUAUGUAUAUAUCUAUUGAGUUCAACUGUAUAUACACUUUGUUUUGUUUGAACUUUUUUUUUUUUUACAAUAAUGCAUUGGAGCUGUAAAACAAAAGCGGACACCGCCCCAAUUGGCUCUAAUACACUGGAGCUUGAACUGUUAAUCUCUGAAUUAUCCUACUGUGUUGAUUCUGUGAAAACUGUUACAUGUUGAAGCCACUGAUACAGCGGCAGCAGUCUUGUUUACUUUUUGACCCCAGAAUACGAACCCAGAUCAGCAACAUGUUCUUUACGCACAUCUUGGUUGGAGAGUACAUUAGCCAUCUCUUGACUUCAGGAGCAAAGAGGGCUUUUCCCACCAGUGUUACACUCUUGUUUCAAUGAAACACUAUGUAUAUCCUGUAAAUAAUGUCCAAUUAAAAUCAAAGAUAAUCUAUAA